UUUUGGUGACAUAAUUAAUCUCAAGGUCAAUUCUAAAUUUUUCAUAACAAGCUGGGGAAAGUUUUGGAAUAGUUAUCAGGGUACACCUCAACGCUACAUGAGUUAUUCGCCGUUUCAGUGAUGUGAUGGUUACAUAAGGGUCUCAUUCCACAAUGUUUCGCGUACCAAACCUAAGCCAAAGUGUCCAAGGAUACUCAAAUGGUGCCGUAUCAGUGCGACCAUCAGCUGGGAGAGCAUACACCCCAUAUUCUUAUGGAACAAACCCACAAGAAGCCUGGGAUAAAAUACAGUACCCUGGAGGGAAAAAACUAUUCUGCCAGUUAGUGACAGUGUUUACUAUAAUCGCAAGUGUUGGACUGACAUUUAUGAUCUUAGGUGCCACCUAUGUUGGACCAGCCCAUGCUUACUAUCGUGAACAUAAUGUUUCUAUCCCACUAGCAUUUGCUCUUCUAGGCUUAGUAUGUGGGUUUCUGAUGCUGGUUGGUAGCUUUGUGUUGGGAAAGCUAAUCAUAUCUCGCAAGUGGAGGAAUGGGGAAGACCCAUAUGCAGUGCGAUAUGUUAGUCCACGAAGACGGCGAAGUAGAUCAGGUAGUGUUGCUAGUCGAAGAAGUCGUCAUAGCAACAACAGUGGUGAUAUGCCUCCAUCGUAUGAAGAGUCUAUGGGACAUGAAAUAUAUUUCAUCAAUAUUGAAGGCAUGGUGAAUGUGCUCACACCCCCAAACUAUAAUGCAACUGACCCUCCUAGUUAUACAGUCAGUGAAGCUACUAUCAACACCCCUUCUAUAGGGGUGUCAACUCCAAGUACAGGUGGUGUUGCCAUAGCAACGGCACAGGGUUCCCCUGCAGUAAUUCCUUCAGCUGUUACCACAAACGCUGGAGUGGAUAAUCCUACAUUCCAAACAGAGGAUUCAGAGACAGCCAAUCAAGAGGUGGUUGUUAGGAGUGACAACAUUGGAACAACCAAUCAGCAACCAAAUACUGCGCCUGUAAUAACUCAGUCUACCUUGUCGCAGUCAGAGGUGUAUAAUGUGCUUAGAAGUGCUGUGCCACCACGUAAUGAAUCACAAUCCAAUGUGGCUCAGUCCAGUGGCUUACAAUCUGAUUUGUCGCAGCCAAAUAUGUCACAAUCAGAUAUGUCGCAGUCUAAUGUGUCAACAGAUCUAUAGUAUUCAUUAUAGAUGCUAGCAUUAAAUGUUAUCAAAGUACUGCACAUACAUGUACUGCACAGUAUUUUCAUAUUUUGUCAAGUUUGGUGUACACGUAUGUUGUUAGUUACAUGUAUUUAGAAUAGGCCACAACUGAAGUCGUUUUAGGAACAUAAUAAAGAUUAUUUAACUUAUAUUCAAUUCUUAGAAAAGAGAGAAAUGGUAAUUAUUUUUAAUAAAUGUUAAUUGUUAUGGGCUUUAUUAAAAAGUAUUGUUAAACAGCAGGUCUGUUAAGAAAAAAGAUUUAUAAGUAGAUGGGAAUAAUCCCUCAUAUAUACACAU